AGCGAGAGCGGGAGAGCGGCAGGAGGAGGAGGAGGAGGAGGAGGAGGAGGAGGAAGAGGAAGAAGACGCGGAGAAGGACGCGGAGGAAGAAGGGAAAGGCUCACUCCGGGUCGGGAAAGGAGAGAGAGAGACAGAGAGAGAGAGAGAGAGCUCCCUCCGUCCCAACUCUGCGCGGCGUGGGAGAGCGGGGAUUAUGGAUGCGCGGAGCGUGCCUUGCCCCGCUGCGGGCCGGGAUGGCAGCUCGCCUUGAGUUGGCUCCGCACCUCAGUGCCAGGAGGAGCGGGGAUCGGGAUCCGAGCCUGAUCCGGAGCAGGAGUGGAAAGGAUGGCCAGCCCGGGCUUCUCGGGAGUCGCUCCUUCGCCGGCGCCGCUGCUUGUCUUGCUCUUGCUGAGCCGCCGGGAGGAAGACGCGUCCGCCUGAUCCCCUCCGCCGCCUCCUCCUCGCCUCGCUUCUCUCUCUCGACGACGCUUUCGACCCCAAACGAGCGGCGUCUUGUGGGAUGCCGGCGCCUCCUUCCCCGUCUCUUUCCUUUCCCGGCGGAUGCGGCAGUCCUUCUUCCCGAGGCGGCGAGGGGCUGUCGGGACGCAGGAGCUGCGAUGUGAUGCCUCCAGCAGUCCUCUGCUUGCCAGCCUUGUGGGAGCCGUUCCGUCCUGAGAAGGAGCUAUAAUAAACCCAUGAUCAUGGACCUGAGGGAUUUUUACCUGUUGGCUGCCCUGAUUGCCUGCUUGCGGCUGGAUUCGGCCGUGGCCCAAGAGCUCAUCUACACCAUCCGCGAGGAGCUGCCUGAAAAUGUCCCCAUUGGGAACAUACCAAAGGAUCUGAACAUUUCUCACAUCAAUGCUGCCACCGGCACAAGCGCCAGUUUGGUCUACAGAUUGGUCUCCAAAGCAGGGGAUGCCCCUUUGGUGAAGGUCUCCAGCACCACCGGGGAGAUCUUCACCACUUCCAACCGGAUUGACCGGGAGAGACUCUGUGCGGGAGCCGCCUAUGCGGAAGAAAAUGAGUGCUUCUUUGAGCUGGAGGUGGUGAUUCUUCCCAAUGACUUUUUCCGGCUGAUCAAGAUCAAAAUCAUUGUGAAAGAUACCAAUGAUAAUGCCCCAAUGUUUCCAUCUCCGGUCAUCAACAUCUCCAUCCCGGAAAACACCCUCAUCAACAGCCGCUUCCCCAUCCCGUCGGCCACGGAUCCAGACACCGGUUUCAACGGAGUGCAGCACUAUGAACUCCUGAAUGGGCAGAGUGUCUUUGGAUUGGAUAUUGUGGAAACGCCAGAAGGCGAGAAGUGGCCUCAGCUGAUUGUGCAGCAGAACUUAGACCGGGAGCAGAAAGAUACCUAUGUGAUGAAAAUCAAAGUGGAAGAUGGAGGCACACCCCAGAAAUCCAGCACUGCUAUUCUCCAGGUCACAGUAAGUGAUGUCAAUGACAACCGGCCAGUUUUUAAAGAGAGUCAAGUAGAGGUUCACAUCCCAGAGAAUGCUCCUGUAGGAACCUCGGUCAUUCAGCUUCAUGCCACAGAUGCAGAUAUAGGAAACAAUGCUGAUGUUAGAUAUAUUUUUGGUGCCCAAGUUGCUCCUGCAACAAAAAGACUCUUUGCUUUAAAUAACACAACUGGGCUGAUAACAGUUCAAAGGGCCUUAGACCGAGAAGAGACUUCGAUCCACAAGGUGACGGUGCUAGCCAGCGAUGGCAGUUCAACACCUGCCCGGGCAACAGUCACUAUCAAUGUGACCGAUGUGAAUGAUAACCCACCUAACAUAGAUCUCAGGUACAUCAUAAGUCCCAUCAAUGGUACCGUGUACCUGUCUGAGAAGGACCCUAUCAAUACCAAGAUUGCUCUCAUCACAGUCUCUGAUAAGGACACUGAUAUAAAUGGCAAAGUGAUCUGUUUCAUUGAGAGAGAGGUGCCAUUUCACUUGAAGGCAGUGUAUGACAACCAGUACUUGUUAGAGACCUCUUCCUUGCUGGACUAUGAGGGCACCAAAGAAUUCACCUUUAAAAUAGUGGCCUCUGAUUCUGGCAAGCCCAGUUUGAACCAGACCGCUCUAGUAAGAGUUAAGCUGGAGGAUGAGAAUGACAACCCUCCCAUUUUCAGCCAGCCUGUAAUUGAGCUGUCGGUUUCAGAAAACAACCGGCGUGGUCUGUACUUAACCACUAUUAGUGCCACUGAUGAGGACAGUGGGAAAAAUGCAGACAUUGUUUAUCAGCUUGGCCCCAAUGCCUCCUUUUUUGAUCUGGAUCGAAAGACUGGGGUUUUGACAGCUUCCCGGGUCUUUGACCGUGAGGAACAGGAGCGGUUUAUUUUCACUGUUACAGCCCGAGACAACGGCACCCCUCCCCUGCAGAGUCAAGCUGCUGUGAUAGUUACGGUGCUGGAUGAAAAUGAUAACAGCCCCAAAUUUACUCAUAACCACUUUCAGUUCUUUGUGUCAGAGAACCUACCAAAGUAUAGCACUGUAGGUGUGAUCACGGUGACAGAUGCUGAUGCAGGAGAGAAUAAAGCUGUGACUCUUUCCAUCCUGAAUGACAAUGACAACUUUGUUCUUGACCCUUACUCUGGAGUUAUAAAGUCCAAUGUUUCUUUUGACCGUGAGCAGCAGAGUUCCUACACCUUUGAUGUCAAGGCUGUUGAUGGAGGACAACCGUCCCGUUCAUCUACUGCAAAAGUCACCAUAAAUGUCAUGGAUGUUAAUGACAAUAGCCCCGUAGUCAUCUACCCACCAUCUAAUACUUCUUUCAAGUUGGUUCCUCUCUCUGCUAUCCCUGGCUCUGUAGUGGCUGAAGUAUUUGCUGUUGACAUUGACACGGGGAUGAAUGCUGAGCUUAAAUAUACAAUCGUAAGUGGAAACAACAAAGGAUUGUUCCGUAUUGAUCCAGUGACAGGUAACAUUACCCUGGAAGAGAAACCUUCUCCUACUGAUGUGGGGCUGCAUCGAUUAGUUGUCAAUAUUAGUGACCUAGGUUAUCCUAAAUCCCUGCACACUCUUGUCCUUGUCUUCUUGUAUGUCAACGACACAGCCGGGAAUGCCUCUUACAUUUAUGACUUGAUCCGCAGGACUAUGGAAACACCCUUGGACAGGAACAUUGGGGACAGCAGCCAGCCCUAUCAAAAUGAGGACUACCUUACCAUCAUGAUUGCUAUUGUGGCAGGUGCCAUGGUGGUCAUUGUGGUCAUCUUUGUCACUGUCCUGGUCCGCUGCCGCCAUGCUUCCAGGUUCAAAGCAGCUCAGAGGAGCAAACAAGGGGCUGAGUGGAUGUCUCCCAACCAGGAGAACAAACAGAACAAGAAGAAGAAGCGGAAGAAACGGAAGUCUCCCAAGAGUUCCCUGUUGAAUUUUGUUACCAUUGAGGAAUCCAAACCCGAGGAUGCAGUUCACGAACCUAUCAACGGGACCAUUAGCCUUCCAGCUGAGCUGGAGGAGCAAAGUAUAGGAAGAUUUGACUGGGGCCCUGCACCGCCCACCACCUUUAAGCCUAACAGCCCUGAUCUUGCUAAGCAUUAUAAAUCUGCCUCUCCACAGUCUGCUUUCCAUCUUAAGCCUGACACUCCGGUCUCGGUGAAAAAGCAUCAUGUUAUUCAGGAACUCCCCUUGGACAACACCUUUGUUGGGGGUUGUGAUACCCUUUCCAAACGCUCUUCCACUAGUUCAGACCACUUCAGUGCCUCAGAGUGCAGUUCCCAAGGAGGCUUCAAGACAAAGGGCCCCUUGCACACCAGACAGCAAGGCAAUAACAGCAGGGAGCCGGACAAAGGGACAAAUGGAGAAAUGGCACUGAAUUUUGGAGAUAUGCCGAAGUACUUGUGGGAGAUUUGGGUACCUGACAAACCAUGGGUGUCCCAGCGCCGUGUUACGUUUCACCUCCCCGAUGGUUCCCAGGAAAGCUGCAGUGACAGUGGUCUAGGAGAUCAUGAGCCUGUGGGUAGUGGAACCCUGAUCUCACACCCUCUCCCUCUGGUUCAGCCGCAGGACGAAUUCUACGAUCAGGCCUCACCAGACAAGAGGACCGAAGCUGAUGGCAACUCCGAUCCCAACUCUGAUGGACCUCUUGGGCCUCGAGGAUUAGCAGAAGCGACAGAGAUGUGUACUCAAGAAUGCCUUGUCCUGGGUCACUCAGACAACUGUUGGAUGCCUCCCACUUUAGGUUCAUACCAGCAGCCAAAGUCUCCCCUCUCCACCUUUGCACCUCAGAAGGAAUGGGUUAAGAAAGACAAACUGGUGAAUGGACACACAUUGACAAGAACCUGGAAAGAAGAUAGCAACAGAAACCAGUUUAAUGACCGAAAGCAGUUUGGCUCAGGCGAAGGCCAUUUCAACCCUGGCAAUCACAUGACUGACAUUCCUUUGGCCAACUUGAAGUCCUAUAAACAGGCCUCGGGAGCAGUGGAGAGUCCAAAGGAGAACCAGCUAUAAGGAAUGGCUUCUUUGGAACAGUGACUUUAGCCUAAUUAGAUUUGCUAAUACUGUGUGUGUGUGUCAGAGCUUUAUGUACUGAGUAGACCUCUAGAACUAUGCUUCACAUAGCUGAGAUAUGCAUAUCUUUGUGGUAGCUCCAUGGAACUACAAUACAAAAGAGCAUUUCUACUAGUUGUGUGGUUUUGUUAAAUAGACAUAAUCAAACUCUUACAGAGAAUCUCCCUUGUUUGCAAAUAUCUUACAUUUUCAAUUUAUUUAGGGAAAGGGGUGGGAGGUUUGUUUGCUUUCCUUUUAUUUUAUUUUUUUGACCCUGGACUGCUGCUGUGAACAGUAGAAGAUACAUUUGGAAAUGGAAAGAAAGAGAAUGAGUGAAUGAGUGAGAGUGUCUGUGCGAGAAAGAGAAAUGAGAAGGUGAAUUGCAACUCUUAGAAAGCAUAUCCGAUUAGAAAAUUGUGUUAUUGUUGCCAUUGAUCUUGUGCUGGGACUGCUAUACUUGACAUGUUUAUUGAAACAAAACAACUAAAAUUACAAACAUUAAACCUACUGUGCUAUUAACAAUGUUAGUGGACACUUGUUAAGUCGAUCAGUGUUCAAGUACUUGUAAAUAGGAUCUAUUAUUAUUAUUAAUAACUUUUGUGUACUUAUAACGUUCACCUAAAAAUACUGUAGCAUAAUUCUGUGUUUCACAGUUGCUUUUUCUACUUUAUUUCAUUUGCUUCCUCUUGUUCUUUUCUUUUCUUAAAAAAAUGUUUCUUUUGGUGAUGGUGUUUCUGUGUUAGUAGUCUGUCUGACACACAAUGUUCCAAGGAACUCAAAACACUUGUGUUAAAAACUGAAUAAAAGGGAGGGUGGGGCAAUCUCUUAUUUUGCUUUUAUUCUAAUGAGCUAACACUAUUUACCAAUUCAAAAAUAUAAAUGCACAUAAUGCAAGGGCUUUUAAAAAUAUGAUGUUGCUGUUGAUUCUGAUUUGCAAAGCAAAGGGGCAAAAGAGGACAUCAACUGUGGCAGCAGCUGAAUGAGUGGCUUUAAUUUUUAAGAAGUCUCCAAUGUUAGUUGCAAUCACACUUGAGAAUAAUAUUAAUCAAAAUUAUGUGGAGGAUAUUUUGCCAAGGGCACAAUCCUCUAUGAAAUUUUGCUAGCCGGGCCCCAUUGCAGUGAAGGAGUAAUGCCCAAGGGCACCUUCAUUUCAGUGGCGCUUUUGCAAGAAAGUAUUUUGGUGCAUUGUACCCAGUACCAGUAUUGAAUGAUUGCUUUCUUUAUAAUUGGGCCAGGUGUGUGUCUAUACCUAAGACAGUUUGUAUUGCUCAAAUGGCAGCGGUUGUGUUGAUCUCCAUCUGCAUUGAUGUUGUAGUAACACAAGUGUUUUUAGAUCAUAGCCACAAAAUAUUUAAUGUGUUGUGCCUUCAUGAUGUAACCAAGCAUUCUCCUGGUAGGCUAGUUGGGGGAAAUGAAAGGGUUCAAGCUCUAAUUCUUGCUGUUUAACUGUUUGUUAUCAUGGAUGGUCAAUACCUGGCAGGUACCAGUGUUGUGUCACUUGAGUCAAUCCAGGAAAGUGACACUUAAUGUUAAUAAGAUCUCAGUUGCACGUCUAACAAAUCCUAAUCCAAACGUUUUUAGGCAUUUUUUUUCUUUUCUUAAGGCAUGACAGACGAUUUAAACAAAUAGCAUGCAACAUAGGGGAAAAAAACAGUCCUUAAAGGGAAAUACAAAGCAAAAAUUAUCUUAUGCCACAGUUAAACAUCAGUCUUACAUACAACAACAAAAGGUAGUUAAUAUCAAUGGUUAAUUUGUUCUUACCAAAAAAUAAAUGCAAAUAAUACUAAGUGAAGUUAUUUUGUAUAUAGCAUUUCACAUUUUAUUUCCUCCACAGUAUACAAGCAUCAAAUGGGCUAGGGGUGCAUUGCUUCCUGCGGUACUUAUGUCAGUUUGUGAGGGGUGUUUGAUGACUUUGACCGAAUAAAUAUCUGAACAGUUAUCCUUGUUACUGCUUUGCCAGUUCAACGUUAUUUACAGUUAUUCAGCUCUUGCAAUAAAUGUUCUGAAUUCCUGA